AUGGUAAUGGGCGCGCAUAUGGCUAUGGCUAGGCUUAUGCGCGCACCAAACCCAACCCCAACAUUUUUUGUUGCUCUAUUCAUUGCCGUGCUUUCAUGCAUGGUCAUGCUACCUUUUGGUUCACCAAUGGCAACAACCGCUGAAGCCCUUAUGAGGUUCAAGAAAACGUUACAAUUGGGAAACGAAAGUGCCACUCUUAGCAGUUGGGAUCCUAACAAAGACCCGUGUAACGGUAACAAGGUGAAUUGGGUUGGUGUGCUUUGCUUCAAUGGGAAUGUGAGGGGUUUGCAGCUGGAAAACUUGGGUUUGCAGGGAAAGCUUGAUUUGGAGCCUCUUACUCGAUUGCCUUAUUUGAAGACCCUAAGCUUCAUGAACAAUAGUUUGGCUGGUCCAUUGCCUGAUCUUAAGAACCUAAAGUUGAGGUCUGUGUAUUUGUCUUAUAAUCAUUUCUCAGGUGAGAUUCCUGAUGAUGCAUUUGAGGGCAUGAUUUUGUUGAGGAAAUUGUACUUGGGGAACAAUCAGUUUACAGGCAAAAUCCCUUCUUCCCUUACCACCUUGCCUAAGAUUUUUGAUGUGGGGCUUGAGGAGAACAAGUUUAGUGGCCAAAUACCAGAAUUUCGACAGAAGGGUUUGAAGAGGUUGAAUCUAGCUAACAAUGAAUUGGAGGGUCCAGUUCCAGAAAGCCUAAGCAAGCUGGAUCCAAGUAGUUUUUCAGGCAAUGGAAAACUAUGUGGUCCACCUCUAGCGGGAAAAUGCAGCGACCCUCCACCUCCUGCUUCUCCUCCUUCUCCUUCAGCUCCGCCAUCUGAAUGUUCUGGGGACUCAUGCGGCACCUCUAAGAAGCCAUCGUCGGGUCUAAAAAUAGCCCUGAUUGUGGUGAGUAUAUUGCUCCUACUGGCCCUCAUUGCUGUGAUUUUGAUCUUUCUCAACAAGAAAAGGCAACAAUCAGAAUUGGACGUGGCCGAAUCAUUGGACGACUCGGCCUCCAAGUACACGGCAGCUGGUGGGAGCAGCCAAAUGGAUGUUAAGUCGGUAGAAGCUACGCCACAUCCAAAGAAGGGUGACCAUGGAAAGUUGUCAUUUGUGAGGGAUGAUAGGCAGAGGUUUGAUUUGCAUGACCUGCUUAGAGCCUCAGCUGAAAUCUUGGGGAGCGGGACGUUUGGGGCUUCCUACAAGGCUCUGAUCAUGACUGAUGCUGUGGUGGUCAAGAGGUAUAAGCAGAUGAACAAUGUGGGAAGAGAGGAGUUCCAUGAGCACAUGAGAAGGCUUGGGAGAUUGACACAUCCAAACCUGUUGCCUCUGGUGGCCUAUUAUUAUAGAAGGGAAGAGAAGCUCUUGGUUUCUGACUUUGUGGAGAAUGGUAGCUUGGCCUCUCAUCUUCAUGGCAAUCACAAUUCAGAUCAGCCUGUGCUGGACUGGCCAAUCCGUUUGAGAGUAAUCAAAGGCAUAGCCAGGGGAUUGACCUACCUCUACAGCGCACUCCCUAGCUUGGUUGUACCCCAUGGCCAUCUGAAAUCCUCCAAUGUACUUCUAGAUGAAAACUUCGAGCCCCUCUUGAAUGACUAUGCCCUACUUCCAGUGAUCAACAUGGAGCAAGCCCAACACCUGAUGAUGGCCUACAAAUCACCCGAAUAUGCCCAGCACCGGCGCAUCACGAAGAAGACCGAUGUCUGGUGCUUGGGCAUCAUAAUCUUGGAGGUGUUGACAGGCAAGUUCCCAGAGAACUAUCUCAAGCAGAGCUUCGACAGCAGAGCGGAUUUGGCCAGCUGGGUUAACGGAAUGAUCAAAGAGAAGAGGACCAGCGAGGUGUUUGAUGUGGAAAUGGGGGGUGUGGGGAGCAGCAAAGGAGAGCUGCUGAAGCUGUUGAAGAUUGGUGUGAAAUGUUGUGAGGAGGAUGUGGAGAGAAGGCUGGAUUUGACUGAAGUGGUUGAGAAGAUUGAUGAGCUGAAUGAGGGAGAAAGUGAUGGAGAUUAUCGAUCAAGUGUUUCGAGUGAAGGAGAUGAUUAUACCUCUCAAGUUGUGUGAUUGCAGAAGAGAAAUGAUGAGGACUUUUGGUUCCAAGUAUUGCUGGCUGGUUGGGACUUAGAGAAACCAUGUUGUACAUUAGAAGAAUAUUAUUUAUAUAUGUGCAGGGGCUACUAGGUUUCAGCUAGCUUCAUUCCCAUGAGUUGAAGCAUGUGGCAGGGAGAGAUUUGAAAUUUAAAGCAAUGAAGAAAUUAAUUUGUUUUUGUUUUUGUGUGCAUUGUUUUUUUCUUUUGCCCCAUUUCUUUUGGAUUAGGAAGUGGGUUGUAUUUGUUGUAGGUGUUGGGGAUGAUGGCUCUUGUAUCAUCUUGGUGUAAUGGGAAUUAAUUAGUUGAUAAAACUAGUCAUCAGAUGUGCUCUCUCUCUCUCUCUCUCUCUCUCUCUCUCUCAAUUCCUUUUGUUUUUGUUCUUUUUUUGUCAAACUUUCUCUCUAAAUACGGGCACUGCGUUUCUGUGUGUUCCUAUUUGAAACCAAUGACCUGUGUUAGACUUGGAAUCAACUCAAAACGUAUUCAUAUUGUCCAUUUUUCUUAAUAAUUUUACACUUUUAAGACUUUACGAUUAUAUCCCUGGAUUUAACAAUUUUUUUGACAGGGACAUUUUGUGAUAAAAAGCCUAAAUAAAAUUGCCAAACUUAAAAUGAAGGUAUAUCAAAGUGGAAAGUUUGGUCAAACUACAGAGAUCAAGAAUGUAAUUUGGUAGCAAGGGACUUGUAGUAGCUCAAGUGGUUAAGAGUAUUUUCCUUGCAUCCUAGGUCCUAAAUUCGAUUUUCCUUCUUUCAAUAUUGCUUUAUAUCCCCAAAAAAAAAAAACGUAAAUUGGUUAAAAAGAAAUGGAAAAAGGUUUAACCGAAUGAAUAUUAGAUGAUAGUGUACACUAUUAUGUGCUUAACUCGUGGCUGAACUUACGAUCCACUAUGAAACCCUAGCCCCCUUUCUCCCAAAAAACAUUCUUAGAGUCUUUUCCACUUUGAGGGAGGAGGAAGCCAUUGUUCUUCCCCCCUCUCCCCUCUUCUCUUCCUCCUUUCACAUCUUCCCCCAUUUUCAGAGACAAA